AUGAAUUCAUCACCGGACUCCAGUGAAACUCUAAGUGGCUCGCUCAUGACACCAGGUUCGUACUUGGGCUUGCUCCGCACCUUAUUUUAUGCUACCGGAACUGUUAACGGCCAUCCUUUCCUGAGUAUUUUAACAUAAUAUUAUUCUAAAGCCUUUUCUCACCUUAAUAAUUAUGAUUUCAAAACUAACAAAAUUAUUGGAACUUAGAAACGAUUUAUACAUACGGCUUCAGGUUAGUUGAAAGAAACUGAUUUCUAGCGUACUAGGGUGAUAGACAAGCUUGUGUUGGAGGGCAAAUUAGAACAAAAUGAACCAUCAAACAAACACGUUUCAUCAUUUUGCAUCCCCAGUUGUUCCCGUCCCUCUGAGUUUAAUGUCAUCGGGACUGAGAAGACUUCAUUCGGGCAGAUACAAAGAUUCCAAUAGCAUCAAAGGCUUGAUUGCCUUUUCGUUCUAGAGAUAUUUAUUCCGAAUUAAGAUCCAAAACACCGACGUUUGCUUCGCAGGCGACGCUUUUUGGAAUCUGUCGUCCUUGAGGUCAAUGAGAUUUCUUUCUUCGUCUAUCGUUAGACAUGCAUUCGUAUUCUGUGUGAGGAUUUAUUGCGCAGCUAUAGUAUUUUGUUUUGAACGAAGGGCGUUUUUUCACACAUAAUGAUCUGCUGGCCUAAUUUUAUUUGAUCAAGGCGUUUGAUAACUUAACUCAUAAUCUUCACACUAUGUUUAGGCAGAGCUCUGACACUAAAAUUUCGCGAUUCAUUAUGCAGUACACAAUCUUCUUAUGUACACCGCUGCUCAAAACAUACGCAUUAUUCCUUUCUUUUGUCCCUACCUUGAGGAUGGACCACCACAGCAGACGCUGGCGCAGUGGUUCCAUCGCAGUCCAGCUAAGCAGUGUUGUGAUUCACUAGGUUUAACAUGCCAUUUCCUAUAGCCGUUUCCGUUGGUUCACGACGAAAGAAAUUAUUUGGCUUAAGGUAGAGAUAAAUUACAGCAUUAGUACCGUUAUCAAUCCUCCUUGCAGCGUACCUGGGAUGUCUUGCGACACACUAGUGUGUUGUUGCAUAGCUUUCCGCACACUAGUCAGUCACAAAAAACUUGACGUUUAGAAGUAAUCGGUAUUCUACGUAGAAAUUUUCCUUUAUGUGAAUGAUGAUAUGACUGCCUAGGUUACGCGACCUCGCAUACUUCGUCAAACCCUUUAUAUUUGACGUCCUAAAAGAUGUAGUUCACAAAGCUAGUGCCGUGGAGUACUGUCUUAGGACCGCACAUAUUGGAAAAUAAGGAGGCCUUCGACCGCCGUCAAAGUAAGUUAGUAGUUAGAUCGUACGCCGUGGGUGCCUACAAAACGCUUUGCGCGUCGACCAUUAUACUCCAUCUGGUUUAUGCAGAAAAAAACAAGAUGACAGCCUUGCCAGGGUGUUAAGGCGCCCUAGACAGCACUUCUUCACGCUUGACGGUUGGUGGCAUCAAUAGUUCGACCAUCGUGACCGACGAUGUUCGCCGUGUGCUCCACAGCAGGGUGAGUGCAGGUACGGCGACUUGCGCGCAAUCUCUUUUAUAGUGAUAGCUGACUUGCGCGGCAUCUACCACACUCUCCUCACCUGGACCCGAUUUCAAUACAUUCAAGAAGACCGGAGGCAGGAGGGGGUAUAGGUGGCCGGCACGGCCGAACCCGCACCGAGGCGUAUCACCACACCCCUUGGUCCACAGCGUACACUGACCAGGAUUUUACACUAAUGUAAAAAAGGACGACUCGAACCUAACUGGUUGGGAGUGCCAUAGAGGCCACAUUAAAAGGAGCCAUUCCAACCUGACGCUCAACCCGCCAGUCGGCCACACCACACAAAUACGCACUGAGCUGACUGCGAGGCCCGAGUUAUCCCGUAUUCACCCUGUCUUUUUGGCGAUGAUCUAACCGGGAAAUGUCAGAGAAUGUGUAUGCUCUCAGCCUGGCAGUCGUUGGUCACGAGAGCCGCCUUACAAUUGGAGAUGCUAUUCGAGAAUGCUGCCAGGAAUAAAUCGGUUUGGUUGGUUGAUUCUGGUUAGGCUGCAUUUUUAGUUAUUACCGUAGAAAUUACCCACUCAAGCCAGUUUUUAUCUGCGAAACUAAGGUUCUGCGCGCUUCUCCGCCUCCCAUGGUUAGUCCAACAUCUCCAUAUGCCACUUGUAGGGCGGAGGCCUCAUGCUAUGACCUCUUUGUCCGAUUUACUAUCUGGUUGAGCUACCUUGUACCUUCCUCCGCUAUGAGAAAGAAAAGAUAGGCCGUUCCGCCUGGGAUCCAACGCCUCGUUUCCUCAAAGGAGUACACAGAUCUUUACUCAAUCACGAUGCUCUAAAGUUGCCGUCUUGAAAGGUUCACGGCCGACACUAUAACCCGGUUGUACACAGAGCCUUUGGUCAUUCUGCGCUAAGUCUUAUUGUAGCCUUUAGGGCACGAUCACUUAUGCGAGAUCUCCGACCCUACUAAUGACUGGUUCCUAUGGUUGCUAGGGGCCUGCACGCGUGUAGGCGCGACUCCAGCCUCGCCAGCUACUGCAAUUGUCAUCGUUUUCCGUCAUCAUGACUGUCUUGUCUUUUGGAACAUGGUGGCCGUAGGAAGGUAGGAUGAAGUAGACGUUACGCAAGUCUACUUCACCAUAAACAGUCUCAUGCUCCAGUCACCGUUACGCCCUUUAAGAACUAGUGGUCCUUCCCACUUGCCAUUGAUUACAACUCCUUCUUUGAGAUGUUCCCUCAUCACAUUGGAUGCUUUUUAGGGACCACAGUUUACUCGUAAGUGUUCUUGCUGUUAGUCGAGCCUGAGUGUUUUGAAAAUUUAGUCUAUUUAUGACAAAGCCAAGGAUAGCACUAUUCCGAUGAAUUCUUACUACCGGUAGGUUAUGUAUUCCUAAUUGAUGCCUUUGGUUACUCCGCAAUAGCCGGCGGGACUGGGUCGAGUCUGUCGUGUGGUCGCGAAGUCACCGCACAUCGCCUCUCGCCGUAUGUUCGGCCGACCACUGUGCUGACUAACACAGGCGCCAAGCAGAUAAUCACACUGAAACAGCUGCCUCAACGCCAGCGUCCCUCCAUCCUUCGCCGGGUUUCAGGGGUUUCCCCAAUUGUGGUCGAUUCUGGUCCAAACAAGGCCUCACCUCAGCCCAUUAUUAUUACGAGUAAGUGGGCCUCGUCCUCAUUUGCUGUUUGCCUUAUUAAUUACAGCACGACUGUAACAUCUGACUGCUUUCAGACGAAUUACGCCUACAUAAACCAUCAGUCGAUUUUCAUGGAAAUGAGAUCUGAAGUUCGGGACUGGUGACGGCGUCCGUCGUCCUGGAUCCAGCCGGUCGUUUUGCACGUUGACGAACGCUGUCUGUCCGUCUGCGGUCGAAAGCCCGUUAAAGGCCGGUUGUCGGUCUUCACAAUUCUGGUGAAAAACGGCCUUGUAAUAGUACUGUUUCCUUAUCUGGAUAGACAUUCUGGGAUCGUUGUCUUGUGAACCUUUGGAGAAUUUGACCAUGGCGACGGGAUCUAUGUCGCAUUUCAUCCUUAUUGGUGACGUGGUGGGUCUUCGUUACCUUCCGAAAAAUACCUUAGCCAGUCCUGCCGUGAGUAACAAAGUAGCUUUAGAUUUAGAGAACAACUGCAUUAUUUACGCGACCUUAUGAUUUUUGCCGUCGACGUGGAAUACUUUCGACUAUAUGACACCUGAGACUGAUCGCCACCUUGUAUUUGCGUCUGUUGCGGCUACGAUCACAUCCGAUCAAACCGUCCUCAGUGAUACCACCGGUAGUGCCCCUCCACACACCUCGAUUAGCGACAACCGAUCUGAACGGCUCGACCCGCCGUCUUCGGUGGCGACGAAGAGCUUAUACCUAAGGACCAAGAACCACUCCUAUGUCGUGUUCGUGGACUAGUACCUGUUUCUCUCUAUGUCACUGGUGUCGCCAAUAUCACUCAUAGCCCGUAAACUACAGCCCUGCAGUUUUCCAAGAAGUAAUUUAGGCUCUAAUUCGUGGGACAGUGAUUGCGUAGGGCAGUUUGUUGGGCGAAUGACUACACGCAGUUUCUGGAUCCGAGGGUGGGCGUUUCCAUCCAUUCCUCCGGCUCGCCGGGUCAGAAUUCUAGGAUUGUGCUGAACUACAACCGAGUAGGCUUUAUAAGGCGGUCGACAACAUUCACCAUGUCAGAAUCGCGCUAUUGCUUGCAGCAUUUGUACGGGUAGCUGAUUUGCCAGAUCACUAUCUGACCACGCAUGGAGACAGUGCAAUAGGAUGUCCUGUGAUUACCUUUCUAUAAAACCUGAGAAACUGCUUGUUUUUCAGUCAACUUUCGUUAAAGGUCGUUUGACCGUCCACCACCGGUGGGUGGGCCGGGCUGUCAGCAACUAGAUUAACAGGCAGGUCCCUUGUUUGCUGAAGUUCCUAUGGUCCUGGAUCCCAUGCCUUGAUGGACUGUAUCUAGUCAGGUUUUGAGCUAAUUUGUAUGCCUCCUCAAGUCAGCGGCAUCGCAUUCAGGGCAUCGCCUCUGAGGUUGGCGAUAGGUCGGCGCCAGAAUAACCUCAACCGUUUUCUUUGGGUGGUCCAAUACAUCCUCGUGAUGUUAUGGCGGUGAACGCUGACUACCUUGCGAGUUGCAGUCGGUAUACUUCACUCAAAGGGUCGUUCUCAGGAACUGUAGACAAAACCGCCGGUUUUCAUUUGUUUUCCACUUACUGAACCUUGCAUUCGCGAUCGUAGAGGAAGAGUGACCAGGAGGGCUACCGGUGCUCAGGGAUGUUUGUGGAGACUGAGGUGCCGCAGUGAGCACGCGGAACUUUGAGGAUUUGCAAAAUCCAUUCGAGCAACAUUAGUUUGAACGACUGUGGUGUCAUUAUUCCGUCCAUUGAACGGUAACGUAGCCGGAAAAUGUUAGACUGUAUCUGUCCCUAGCAUGGCAGCCAUUAGUCACGAAAAAUGCCUCCUGAUUAGAGAUACUGCUCGAGAAUACCCUGAUAGACGAAUCGACUGUUUUAGAUACCUCUUUCACUCAAGACAUCACAUCCAUCCUAACCCCUUCCUAAUCUAUAAGGGGCAGUGUGUUUCAGUGAGUUGCGAACUAAUCCAAUCUAACCCUACCAGGCCUGACUUUCCGGAGACAGCAUUCUAAGGGAUUCAAAGGGAUACUGCAGAAGCCAUGACCUAGUGAAGUCACCCCAAGGCGCUGCACUUGCACGGAGGCAGCUUCUGCACUGUACAGGGCAAAGGUGACAAAACAUAUAGAAUUUAGUUGGAACCAUAUACUUUGUGGCCUCUUGCUCAAUUGCAAAAGGUCCCUGUAUAUUUGCUUAACUAUCGGUUCCAGAAUAACAGCCUAGGAUAAUCAGACGGCCGUUUACGUAUCACUCCCGUCUGAUUGUCCUAGGUUUCUUUUUACUACUGAGCCGAUAUUUUUAUAAAUAUGCAAUGACCGUUCAUGACGCCAUUAAAUGUUGCAUGUUUUGCGAUUCUUCCUCUUUUCACAUCUACUGUGGGAGAACAAUGUAUCGAGUUUUUGACCACAAGUACUCUGGAGAACAACCUUAGACUGGUAGAAUCCCCAACCUCAGGGCUUGAAUGGCCCAUCUCUAUAGCAAGAGGGUAGUUUUCAUAGUUGCGUCCGCCACACUUAUUCACUCGUUCUUAUGCAUGUUCUCCUUUAUUUUUAACCUUUAAUCAACGCAUUAACGUGCCACGUGACAUGACUUGCAGCGGAAGUUCCUGUCUUAUGCCGCUUUUAGUUAAACGAUAUGCACGACCAUCUUGAAGAUUUGGCCUCUCAUCCCAUUUAUCUUCACUUCUCGCACUUUUGGUGGGCGAAUGUGUCAAUGCAGAGGGCAACUUCGGUUGCGGAGCCGAUUAUUUCUUAUAAAAGCUUUCCUCAACCUGUUCGGAUGUUUUACAUUGCUAGUUUUAUUCGCUACUGCGCUUACUUAUUCACCUGAUUUCGCUCGCCCUUAAUUGCCCUUGCGAUCCUGACUAUUUGUGGCGGUUUGGCAAUGGCGUUAAGACGGUUAACGGCAUUGGUCGUCGUGCUGCUGGCCAUUACUGCUGUCAAGAUUGAUGGGGUGAUAUUUGCUUUGGGUUAGUAUCAGGUUAAGCUAUAAUGUUGACACUAGCUAGCACCCAGUACAUUUCGCUUUUCAGUAAUUUUACAUCCACUCCCUAGACCAGUCCACCUUUUUGCUCCACCCGUUCCCUCCUUCCAGCCCCGCAGUUGCCCGUGAAGAUGCUCAGUGCCUCGCCAGCAACCUCUUCACCAGCCACUCGGUCCCAGACCCUCCUCGCUACUGGCACCCCUACGCAUGCCGCGGGUGUCUUCACAUCCACCUCAGCCUCCGUUGUGGACGAAUUCUCCUACGUGCCCCGGCUUGGCAGCCUACCCAAGAUCCCCGGCGCCUGUCUACGAGAACCUGGCUUUGCUGGCGACUCCACCAUCCCUCCCGCCUUCACAGUGGUACUGGGGGGCAUCCCAGUGGACCUAGUCAAUCGUCUCUUCGCUUCCACAAAUCCCAACGCGUCGCGGGUGCUCUCUUCACCGCGUGGUGCUCAAACAGAUACUUCAAUAUCGCCUACCGCGGCGGCUGUGGUAGCCGCACCUUUGGCCACCGGCAAGUCCAUCAGCGGCCCCCUUUUCCUGCCUCGGGAGGGAAACGCCGCAGCAGCCACCGUCACUACACCUUCGAAUUCAGUCCCCCCAACUCCUCUCGCCUGCCUGUCGACCAGCAUUUCCGGUAGGCAACGUAGUAAUCGUAAUCGGCAAGGACAUUAACAUAAACAUUUUGAGCUCUGACCCAUAUUUGCUCAGUUGCACUUCGGGUUGCUGGUUCCUAGGGGGUAAAUAAAACUUGACUUCUGGAAGAUUUCUUUGCAGUUAUUUUUAGCUAAAUUCCGAAACUGACAACCUCGGGUUAACGACUUGAUUGCUUCUUCCAGUAGCAAAUUAUCCAUAAACCCACCUGGCAAGGCAAAAAGUCCCACAUCGGAAUCACCUGGGUCACUACUUAACCGCCGAAUCUUCCGCUGCCUCCACCUUCGUUUUAGGCUCUCUUUUAUUAGUCCGAAACCCCGCUCUGGGCACCUUGUUAACCAGUAACCUGGGCAGCGUAGCGUUGUCGCUGUGCUGGUCGGUCAUGCAUAGUAUCCUGUCAAAGUCGUUUUCUCUUUUUUUGCCUUCCACCUGUCUUUCUUAACCUACCGCUUUUGCCCAUUUCCGAGAAUCAGCCCGGACUCCUUUAGUGAAGUUCUGGGCUUCCCUCGGCACGGUAAUAUAGGAACAUAUGGAACAAUAGAAGUUCGAUGGUUUGUUACAGGUUGGAUGUUAUAGCAUUUCUGUCGGCCGUUGAGCAGGUAUCCAGCCCAAAAGGCAUUAGUGACAAGGAAACAAGUGUGGGUCUUCGAGAAUGGGCAGUUAUUUCUAUCGUGCAGCAAAUUCCUCUUUCGACUAGAGCUAGCAAACCAUGGCCCUGUGGUCAUCCCAAAACCUGUUUUGAUCGUGACUCGGCAGACAAUGGCUGGUUGGUAGGGUGGUAUGGUUUAGCCGGAAGUGGGUGUCUGCAUUCGCCUUUCUGGCACAGUGGUUUAUGGUUCAAAAGUUAUGCUAGACGGCCACGAUGAAAGCUGACAGCAUGCACCAUGUCAUAGUUCAGCUACGGCUUGUGAUCCUCUCGUGAGUAACUGAAUUGUCAGAUCAGCACCAUAUUGGACAGCUGGCCUGGUUAUCAGAAACAUCACGAACUGCUUCCUGGAACUCGCCUGUUCGUCUCAAUCGGCGAGUAGGCCUAUUCCAUUGGCCUCUUGUGACUUAAAAAAGAUUGUAUCCGAGGGAUGUUAAUGGUCGCCAUACCACAGCGUCAUCCUCGAAAUUAGAGGCACCAUAGGAUGUCCUAAUGACUAGCCGUCAACCCCACGUAGUGCUCAAGUAGUCGGUACGAGUCAGUAAAAUUCUGUCGAGAAAGCCAGCGUAAGCUUUGACAGGAAAUCGUUUCUGACGACGUCAUUAACGGAAGAUGUUGUAGGUCUCUGCUGUCCGACCAAUCCACUUUCACCCUCCGGAUUUGCUUGGUUUUUCCUCCAACUGCCACCGCGUUGCAUUGUUUCAGAUCCUCCGGUGUUAUGCUCUGUUUAAAGUCAGCCGCCAUUUAAUGAACUUCUGACUAGCGUUCUAUUCUGCGAUGUCAAUCCUAGUGUCUUUAAGAAAUGUUGAGUCACCAGAGAGUUGCCGUUCCCUUUGCAAUGAGUACCGAGAGGUAUUCAUUCGUGACCUCUUGGACUACCCAUCUGUCCUAUAGUAAGGCGUAACUAUCUGUACCCCUUAUGGAAACUAAACCGACAGGUGAACGACGCAUCCAACAAGUUUAAAGACUUGGGGUCUUACACAGUGAGUGGCAGAUCUCGUUAAAUAUCAGCUGAAAUUCUGAAAUACGUUUUCGAUUAGGAAAGAUUACUUAGGUGGGGUUGUAAUACUGAUUAUCAUGCGGCAUAACCCCAUAACGUUUCGUACUCGUUAAGAUAUUGGCUUUCGAAUGCGCUUCUUUUUGAGCUCCUGCAAAAGCUGUACUCUGUAAAAAUGACUACUUAGUUAGCACCUAUUUUUACACUGAUUUUAUAUGACCUUGUAAAUUUAAGCAUAUUUUAUAGGAAACAUGCAUAAAAUAUGCAUCCUUUUACUCAUUUGACAGCUAAUUACGUCGUCCUCACAUUUACUACUCGAAGUAAGAGUGACUUUCGGUUUUAAAGAAGUUUCCAAUUAUGAGAUUUUUUUAAGAUCGCGAAAUGUCCAUUCAUACAGCAUCGUAUCCGUCUGUAAAUCAAUACUUCUCAUAAAGUGUACAAAAUAAUCCGCAUCGAUUGCGAAGUUUUGGGAAAUCUACAUGGCAUCAUCUUAAAGUCAUAGAGGAAUAUAUGGUUUUUCAUACGCGGAAAGUAUACAUCUUGUAGACUGAAAUCGUUGAACGCUAAUGCAACGACCGAUGCGGUUCAAUUAGUCGGGCAUUGGGAAACUUUUUCAAAACCUGAAUAUACCUUUUCUUCGAGUAUAAUAUGCAAAGACGAUGUAAUUAGCUGUCAAGUGAGUAAAAGGAGCAUGUUUUGCGCAUGUUUCCUAUAAAAUGUAUUUCAAUAUAUAAGAUCAUCGAAAAUCGAUGUGAAAAGUACGUGCUACUUGAGUAGUCAUUUCUUACCGAGUACGGUUUCUACAGGUCGAAAAGAAGUGCAUCCAAAAGCGAACACCUUGGUGAGUACGAAAUGUUAUGGGGUUAUGCCUCAUGAUAAUCAAUAUUACAACCCCACAUAAGUCAUCUUUCCUAAUUAAAAACGCAUUUCAGAACUUCAGCCGACAUUUUAUGCAUGCCCAUGGUUUUGAUUUCGGUCAAAAUUCUCGAGGAACUUCCCCAAUUGAACAAGAGGUUCCGCCAGGGUCAGUACUGCCCACCUCUAUUUCGUCUGAAUCUAGGCUUCGUUUUUUAGUCAAGUCCGCAAACUCGUUGACUUGUGUAGUUAAUUACCUUGCUGUUGUUCACACAGGGUGUGGCCUAUUCUUCCAUGUUUCAGCUCCCAUAACCAUGUCUUCCCAUGUGGUACACAGUCGGCCGAUUCAGCCUGUCGCGUUGACCAAUACUGUCGACAAGGAAUGCGGGAUCUCAGGUCUACAGGAGGUAUGACUCCUCUUCUGGAUUGUUGUAUGGUUGUGUGCCCAGCGGCUCUGUUGUAAUCCCAUUGAUCUGCCUAUUGGCCUUUCAGGUAGACGAAUCCUCCGCGGCUGUAGCAGAACUGGCCUCUGAGCAGCACUCCGUCGGUCUGGUUUCAACAGAGCCGUACGAAGAGAUUGAGGAAUCAAUCCAAAUUACGUCGGCGUAA